AUGCCGAAGCCGGCUGGCGAGGGCCGCUGCGUGGUUUGCGGGCGAGAGGGGCGCCAGGCCGCCAAGUACCGCUGUCCGGGCUGCCGGGAGAGAUAUUGUUCCGUGCCCUGUUACAAGAAGCACAAAGAAGAGUGCACGUCCAAAGCUGAUCCAGCCACACGGCCUGCAGAGUCAGAGGCUUCUUACCCCAUUCAGAGAGAUAAAUCACGGAGGACGGAAGGCAGUCCUUGGUCUCUGGAUGACAUUUUGACCGAAGAUGACGAAGGCGAUAGGGUGCCUCUCCAGAAACUUCAGUUGUUGAAGGAAUCGGAAGAGCUCCAAGACAUCCUUUCAAAUCCUCACCUCCACACACUGCUGCUAACGAUUGACCAAGCCAAGGACAAGAGCGUUCUCAUGAGAAAAUAUAUGCAGGAACCGGUCUUUGCGGAGUUUGCAGAUUGUUGCCUAAGGAUUGUCGAGUCGGAGAUGGAAGAGAAGGAAACUCCAGAGUAAAUGUCUAGUGGAGUUAAGUAGAGGUUUCUCCAGCCCUGGAGAAGACAGCUAGGAAAUUUGGAAAUACUUUGUCUUAUGUACUGCUGACUGUGUUAGAAUCCCUUGGGACAGAAUGGGCCAGGCUGCUUCCAAGAACUGUUGAUCCAGGCAUGGUGUGUGUGUGUGUGUGUGUGAUUUUCACAAGCAGAAUUUUUUUGAACUACAAAUCCUUGUCGGUUUCAGAAAGUGGCUGGUUUUGAAAGGGAGAAAGAUGCUUUUAUUCUUUAAUAAAGUCUACUUUUUGAA